AUGCGUGAACCUUUUCGAAAUUACCGCAUUAUUUUCAAUAUUUUAUUAAUUCUUGAAAUCAAACUUGGUAUUGCAAUUAUAACUGUCACCGCGGCCUAUCAACAUGUUCUGAAUUUAUUUAUGUUACCACAAGAGAGGCGAUUGUUAACAUCGACAUUCAUCAAUUUGUAUAUAAUGGGAUUCCAACUGAUCGCGACGUACCUGUGCAGCUUUUCGAUGUGGCGAAAUAUAUGGGCACGUAAAUAUUCUCGCAGCAUUCAAUUACUUGUGAUUGUAUGGUCGGUAUUUUGUUUUAUUAUUGUUGUUGGUGGUUGUGCCACGAUAUGGCACUUACUUAAUACCCCACAAUUCCUAAUUGCUAAUGUAUCGAUGAUGUUGUUCCGCGGCAUUGAGGUGUACUACUCAAAUCCAUCAUGGAAGUUUUUCUGGGAUGAACUACAGUAUACUAAUGAAUGUUGUGGAGUUAAUGGAUAUGAUGAUUGGAUGCAUGCAUCAUGGAUGCCCCAAAGCUAUGUUAAAGAAUCGAGACAAACUAGGACACAAUAUAGACCUCGUUUUAAGCAUAACCCCAAAGAGCAUAGGGUAAUAACCAACUGCAUUCAGAAGGUACCACAAGUAACUACGGACAUAUCAAUUGCAUUUGUCAAUCCGAGCGAUGCAAGUCUGAAUAAUGAUGAUAUCGGUUCCCAAAUUUUGGCCCCUUAUGCCUGCUGUAAAUAUAACAGCUUGUCCUGUUAUCAAAACUAUCUACCACGAACCGGUGAUGGUGUAGGCAGUAUUUCCCAAUUGAAUAUCACAGAAAUCAACACAAAAGCAUGUCUGCCUCUUUUCAAAGAAUAUUUGUUGUGUGCUGUAAAUGUUCUGCUGAUUUUGGUUUCACUCGCUGUACUAAUUGACAUAUUAAUGUGUUGUCUCACAAAGUAUUUAAUGCUACAUAGUCGAGUGCCUAGUUACUGCGAAUUGGAUCCAUCUUAUGACGACGAUGGCAAUGCUUUGGUUGUUGUUAAAUGCCCGCCGAGAGUAAGGUGUGUCACCCUGGAAGAAUCGGAUUCUAUUGAUUCUGACGUCGCUAAUAUUGGCUCAGAUGUUGAACCAUGUAUUUGUACUUUCGACAUGGACAUGGGUGUAGAUUGUUCCAAUGUAGGCCAAUAUCCAAUCAAUCACAAUCCAUAA